GUGUGUGUGUGUGUGUGUGUGUGUGUGUGUGUCCUUGUCAGGGUGAAGUGAGGUAGCACAGCUCAACAUGAAUCGCCUCCUGAAAGUUCCCGUCGUGGCCGUUCGGGCCUUCAGCAGCUCGGCCAGACAGCUGAGGAACAAAGUGCCUGAAGCCCAGAAGCUCUUCCAGGAGGAUAACGGGCUCCCGGUCCACAUUAAAGGAGGAACUGUGGAUGUUCUGCUCUACAGGGCGACCAUGACGCUAACCAUUGGAGGGACGGGCUACUCGCUGUACUGGCUGCUGGUCGCCUCCAUGCCUCAGAAGAAGGAAUAGGGUGGAGGAGGUGGAGGCCCGGCUCCGCCCGAUGCUCCGUCUGGUGGGUGGAGAACCACCCGGGAUCCGGCUCAUUCGAGUGUUUGUUCUGUGUGUUUCUGGAGAACCUUCUCAGCUCCUUCAACGUGUGAGAAAAUAAACUCCUGGGAGUUUUCAGA